GCGGCAUGAGGACUGAUGCCACUACAUUGAGGGGAGGACCAGGCCAAGAUCAUCAGCAGUCCACCGGGCAAAUGCCAAUCCAGCCAUAUAGGUGUAAUAUGUCAAGGGUUAAACAUUGACUAAAUGUUGUACUUUCACUUACCUGCACCGAGGGAGAGAAUGCCGUCCGGAGCUCGAUCAUGGGAAAUUUGAUGAAAAGAAUCUUCGUUCUUUUCACAUUGUUUCAUGACCCUGUGACCAAUGUAGACCUAUACAUAACCUGUAAAUGCAGCGAUGGCAUGUCAACGCUACACUGCACAGCAGAAGGUGAGAGUCUGACAUACAGCUGGUCAGGGCCUGGACUACCGACUGCAGGGAUGAGCGGACAGACGGGACCACAGAUCAGUCAUGAGAACCAGGACUCAGUCUACACCUGUAACGUCUCCAACCCAGUCAGUCACAGCAGUGUGUCCUUCCAUGCCAGGGACUGCUUUGGCACAAGAUAUCAACCACAUUCCAAAAGCAUUGGACCAAUAGUUGUUUGGAUUGUUGGAUGGCUUGCUACUGUUGCUCUCGUGGUUGCUUUGGCUCUUGGUGUUUGGUGCUGGUUUAAGAAGAUGAAAGAAAGAGUAAAAGGAGGCACUGGAAUUGAGACUGUGCCUUCAGAAGAGAAGCUUGAUGAUAAACGACCACUUCUACAAGCACUACCUACUGAAUUUCCAAUCCCUCUUCCUCGUGCACAUGGAGACGUAAAUGCAUCGUUAGUCUUAGGUCCAAGUCCGGGACAUGAAAAUAAAUUGGUAAAUAUGUAUGUGACUGGGCAGAGUGAAGGGCAGAAGAUAGAAUGGACAAGUCAGGAUCGAGGUGAUGAGCAGCACAAUCCUGAAGAAUCAGUUGCUCCACAAACACCUUCAGAGAACGCAGAGCAUUCCUUAACACUUCAGAGACAGCAACAUACAGAUUUAAUUCCAGACUCACCCAGUCUAUCAGUAGAUAACCAUGGUGUCAACAAAUCCUCAGCCUCUUUAGAGAUCAGUACAAAUGGUGAACAGAACGACUCAACAGAGAUUGACGGAAAAAUGGAUUCAUCAUCAUUGUUCAUCACCCAUCAAGAUGAUCAAUCAGAGCCUGAGGGCAAGUCUGGACUACCGACUGCAGGGAUGAGCGGACAGACGGGACCACAGAUCAGUCAUGAGAACCAGGACUCAGUCUUCACCUGUAACGUCUCCAACCCAGUCAGUCACGGCAGUGUUUCCUUCCAUGCCAGGGACUGCUUUGGCACAAGAGUCUUGGGCCUAACGCUGAGUCCACUAAAGACAGCUGCCCUGUCGUAA